AUGUCGCAAACAGCAACGUCAAUUGAACUUGUGGACUACCAUGAGACAACCACCCCAGCCCUCGCAGCCAAACCACUUGGCGCCACAAAGAUCAAAGACACGCCGUCCAUCGCUGAUGAUCUACGACCUAUCCAUGAAUCUCCUGAAACCUUCGCUGCCGAACAGCGGGAUGGUCCAGGCAAAGGAACAACAGCCAUCGUAUUGGUAACGGUCGUGUGUGUUACACUCGUCAGCUCCAUGCUUUCUGGUGUUAUGACUGUUACUCUACCCACAGUUGCACGUGAGCUGGAGCUGGCACCCAGUGUGCUCUUAUGGCCGAUCUCUAUCUACGCCUUGACAUGUGGUUGUACUCUUCUCCUUCUCGGAUCGGUUGCCGAUGUCGUUGGUUCACGGCCCAUGUACCUGACAGGUUGUCUCUUGCAGUCUGCGUUUACACUGGCAUGUGGAUUGGCACAGACAGGGACACAGCUCAUUGUCUUUCGCGCCUUUGCAGGCAUCGCGAUUUCCUUCUGCCUUCCCUCAGCAGUCAGUAUCAUCACCAGUACUUUUCCUGAAGGCAAGAGCAGAAACAUUGCAUUUGCGUCCAUGGGCGGUGGUCAACCCAUAGGUUUUUCUUUUGGACUUGUACUUGGAGGUAUCUUCGCUGAUACCAUCGGAUGGCGAUGGGGUUUCCACAUCAGUGCCAUCGCCAACACCAUUGUCUUCGUCCUUGGCUUGUUUGGCUUGCCAAAAGUCGACAACAAGCUGCCGCAUGUCUGGUCCCGCCUGAAGAGCGACAUAGACUGGGUAGGCAUUCUGUUCGGAAGUGCGUCAUUGGCGCUGCUCUCAUAUUGCUUCGCUCUGAUCUCCGAAGAGACUGCCAAGAUUCAAGAGCCUACCACGCUUGGUCUGCUGAUCACUGCAAUCACUCUCAUUCCUGCUUUCAUCUUCUGGGUCGGCCGGCAGGAGCGACUGGGCCGGCCCGCCAUCAUCCCCAAUUCGCUUUGGCGCAACCGAAUCUUCAGCAUCAUCUGUAUCGGUGUUUUCAUCACGUGGGGGACUUUCAAUGCUGUGGAAUCAUAUCACACUCUCUUCUUCCAGAACGUCCAAAAGCUAUCCGCGAUCCAGACGUCGAUCCGGUUCCUGCCCGGACCUGUAGCUGGAGCUCUCGCCAAUGUCGCAAUGGGCCUGAUCGCGCACCGGGUGCGCGCUGACUGGGCGGUAGCCGUGGGGCUGUUCUGUACUACUCUUGGCGGACUGCUUAUGUGCAUCAUACAGCCGGAGUGGUCUUACUGGAGCUGUGCCUUCCUUUCUGUCUUCUUCAACCCCAUCGGCGCGGACGCUCUAUUCACAGUUUCUAACCUCGUCAUUACAUCAGUGUUUCCGGCCCGGACGCAGGGCCUUGCGGGCGGAGUUUUCAACACAGUAGCGCAGAUUGGGAAAAGCGUAGGCCUAGCGACCAGUGCUGUCAUUGCGUCUAGUGUUACCGAGCACUCGGUCUACGUUGAGAAAGAGAGCCCUGCAGCGCUCAUGGAGGGGUUCCGGGCGGCGUUCUGUCGAGGCAGAGCUGACGACGUUGACGACCCCGGCGCCGCUUGCUUCCCGCGCAAUGAUCCUCACCACGGUCUCGAACACCUCUCCACAACCAUCAAUGCGGUGAAAGGCUGCCGUGUACCCGUCAAGAUGCUCAGCGGACCACCGAGGAUCAUUCCACUCGUCUCCCUCUUCGUCGCCGUCUGCCUCGUCUGGUGGUAUCUCCACACGGUGCCCGGCGCAGGCUCGUCGAUUCCAACAUGGAAAUCUGGCGCCUCCACAAACCAACACCGGCCCUCAUUGCGCGGCGACCCACUCGACUUUGGCCUGCCGCUGCGCUUCAGCGACGGCGAGAAGAAGCCGCCCGGCAGCAACUACACAUUCAAGAUUGUCGUGCCCAAGACACAGAAGGAGGACAUUAGCUGGAUGGCCGCUGAGAUACCCGAUGCACCGCUUGUCGUCUACGAAGUCGACAACCCCAAUGCCGAGCACAAGAUCCCCAAGAACAAGGGCCGCGAGGCCAUGGUCUACCUCUCCUACAUCAUCGACCACUAUGACGACCUCCCCGAUACCUCCAUCUUCAUGCACGCCCACCGCCACGCCUGGCACAACAACAUGCUCUUGGGCCUCGACGCCGCGCAGAUGAUCAAGCGCCUCAACCACGAGCGCGUUGCACGCAUGGGCUACAUGAACGUCCGCUGCCACCACGACCCGGGCUGCCCGGACUGGAUCCACAUGGACCGCCCCGGCGGCGACUUUGACUUCUUCCACAAGCCCGAGGAGAUCUACUGGCGGCGCAACAUCUGGGAGGAGAUCCACCCUGGUGCUCCCAUCCCGCCUUCCAUUUCCGGCAUCUGCUGCGCGCAAUUCGCCGUGUCGCGGCAGCGCAUACAGGAAGUGCCCAUUGAGCGCUUUAUUCACUACCGCAAGUGGCUCCUCACAACGGGCAUGGACGACCAGUUUUCCGGCCGCAUCUUCGAGUAUAUAUGGCAUUACAUCUUCACAGGCCAUGAAGUGCAUUGUCCGGCCAUGAACACGUGUUACUGCGACGGCUACGGCAUCUGUUUCGGCGGCCAGGACAAAUUCAACGAUUACUUCAAGAAACAGGACGCGCGAAAUGAAAAGUUUACAGAACUGGACAAGUUCAACAAAAGGGAGGAAGAGGCGAAGAAGAAUGGCGAGGAUCCCGCGUUUACCCAAGAGGAGAUUGCGAAGAUUACUGCGCUUAGGACUGAGGUCUCGGCGCAGGACCGCGAAUUGGAUACCCUGAGAGAGGACGCGAAGAAGAGGGGUGAAGAUCCCAAGGCGAGGAAAGAGGAGACGGAAUCUUGGGAUUCGAGUCAUAUUUGGGAUUAUGCGCCAAAACAUGAUUAG